CCGCCCUGUGCCUGCGUUGACCUAGUUUAGGCAAAGUCGUGACGGGUUUUUAGGUCCGGGUAGAGGGUCACAGGCGAUCCCGCACGCGUUUAAACUCGACCCGAAAGGAUUAUAGUAAUUCAUAAAAUAAUCUGUUACUGAUUUUAUGCCUAAGUGAGAUCACUAAACUAACUUAAACACGGAGAAGAAAUGAAUUAACAGUCUGGAUAGUGCCACACAAACUAGAAGUUGAAGAGCCGUCGCUCAUACCAGCAGAUUGGAGAUAACAAACAAACAGAACUUCUGCUUUUAGCUAAACCAUGACGCUUUAGGCCUGCCCAUCGUCAACAGAACGCGCUGGAUGUUGAACGAUCACACAUAAAGCGACGAUUUUCAUUAGUUUUCAGGGUAGUUUGUAGUAAUCCACAGUAGUUGAGAGUAAACCUUAUACUCCAUGAGUAUAUGUUAAAGAGUCUGGCUUAACAUGAAGGAGAAACGAGCUUUAGGAGACAAUAAACUGAACGAGGAACAAACUAAGGAAGGGUUGGAAGUGGGAGACCCAGCGAAGCGCGCCGAUGAUCAGAGCCAGCUGGACGGUAGCGAAACGCUGCGACCAAUUCGUCUGUACAAACGGCGCUGGAUAAUCGUCCUCCUGUUCAGCUCGUAUUCAUUGUGCAACUCCUUCCAGUGGAUACAGUAUGGCAUCAUCAACAACAUUUUCAUGAAGUUCUACAACGUGAAUGCCUUCACCAUAGACUGGAUGUCUAUGAUCUACAUGCUGACAUAUAUUCCGUUCAUCUUCCCGGUGACCUGGCUGCUAGACAAGAAAGGACUCCGGAUUGUUGCGCUGGUGGCCACUGGGCUCAACUGUGCCGGGACAUGGAUCAAAGUGGCCAGCGCUAGACCCGACCUGUUUCCCGUCACAUUUCUGGGACAGUUCUUCUCUUCGUUCGCUCAGGUGUUCAUUCUCGGGAUGCCCUCGAGGAUCGCGUCAGUGUGGUUCGGUUCAGAGGAAGUGUCCACCGCCUGUUCCAUUGGAGUCUUCGGGAAUCAGCUCGGUGUUGCCAUUGGGUUCCUUGUGCCUCCUAUGCUGGUGCCUAAUGUGGACGACUUGGAUGAGCUGGCUCACCACAUCAGGGUUAUGUUCUACAUCACAGCAGGAGUAGCUACCGUUCUCUUCAUCCUCGUUGUCUUUGUCUUCCAAGAGCAUCCUAAACUUCCUCCGACUCAGGCCCAGGCCAGAGCUCGUAGCAUCCCACCGGAGCAGUACUCCUACACAGCCUCCAUCCGCAGGCUGCUCUGCAACAAGCCCUUCAUCAUCCUCAUCAUCACUUAUGGUCAGCCAUCACCAUUCUCCAUAGUCACAGAUUUUAUUUUAUUUUAUCUUAUUUUAUUAUCACUAACCUAUGUCCUGUUUUUCUUGCCCUUUCAGGGAGAGGAGGUGAAUGCCGGGAGGAUAGGUCUUACCAUUAUCAUUGCAGGGAUGGUUGGGUCUCUGAUCUGUGGCAUUUGGUUGGACAGAACUAAAACCUACAAACAGACUACCCUGGUUGUCUACUUCAUGUCACUGGUGGGGAUGAUAGUCUUUACUUCUACACUCAGUCUGGGGCACCUCUGGGUAGUCUUCGUCACUGCUGGAGCGCUUGGAUUCUUCAUGACGGGCUACCUGCCACUGGGCUUUGAGUUUGCAGUUGAACUGACGUACCCAGAGUCAGAGGGAACCUCCUCCGGACUCCUCAACUGUUCAGCACAAGUGUUUGGCAUUAUAUUUACCAUCUGCCAGGGGAAGAUCAUCGAUCAAUUUGGCACACUGGCAGGAAACAUCUUCCUCUGCAUCUUUCUUCUAAUCGGCACAGUGCUGACUGGCUUUAUCAAGUCUGACCUGAGGAGGCAAAAUGCAAACCUGUUUGCUGAAGCAGCAGCGGAGGGGCAGGUAUCAGAAGACAACGUAACCACGUCACUAAUCUCCAGGCCGCAGGCUCCUCCUUCUCAACCUUGAUCAAUAAACCUUUCUACUCCCACAAAUAAAAAAUCUCAAAUCUUAGCUCAACAAAGACACGUAAAGGGCUCUUCGGACUGCCACGAUGAGAGCCUGGAUGCACCUUCUGUCAUCAGAGAAACCCAGUUUUAAACACUCACCCAUACACUAACACACUAACAGCCUAAAAAAAAAAAACCAAAGUCUCUUUCCUGUUACUGUGGAACAUGCUGAGAUAGAAUAUCACAGUCAGGAAUCCUUUAGACCCUUUUCCCUUUCAUGAAGAGUCCAAUGUACAAUUUUGUAUUGACUGCUUAUUAAAAAAGCUAAAAUUGAAGGAUUAAAUUUGAUAUUUAAUGCACAAUUUUAAGCACAAAUUGUGUUUAUUGCUAAUUUGUAUAAGCAUAAAUUAAAUGUUUUAAAUUUGCAAAAAGACAAAUAUCUUUGUGUCUGUCAGUAUUUUAAUAGUGAACAGUUGAUUGUUUACAGUAGAGAUAGGUAUAUUUGCCAAAAUGAUUUGCCACUAAUUGUGGUACUGCAUUGAGUUAGCCACGUGAAUACAGUGUCCACGUUUUUUGACAUUUUUUUGAAAUUAAGUAAAAUAUAUGCAGCAUAAGGCUUUGUGAUUCAUGGCAGUCUGUGAUAAGGUAUACAACACUGAUAAUACACAGUUGUA